AUGCUUAUGUCAAACAAAAUCACUCAUAACCUCAUUCUCAGUGUAUAUUUUGCUAAAAGUGGAAGAAAAUGACUGAAGACGGUGAGAAAAAGGAGAUAUCUCCUGCUCCGGCUAAGAAGGAGAAGCCCAGUAGGAGAGAAAAGCGGAAGAAAGACAAACAGAAGCCUCUGACGAAGGUGGUUAUCCGGAGACUUCCGCCGACUAUGACUGAGGAAAUGUUCAGGGAGCAGAUCAAUCCCAUCCCAGACCAUGAUUACUUUUAUUUUGUCCCAGCUGAUUGGACACUAGGAUUGAAUUCUUCCUGCAGGGCGUACAUAAAUUUCCUGAAGCAGGAGGAUAUCUUCAUCUUCAAGGAUAAAUUCGAUGGAUAUGUUUUUGUGGACACAAGGGGAGCUGAGUAUCCGGCUGUGGUGGAAUUUGCACCAUUCCAGGGCCUGCCGAAGAACCGGGCCAGGAAGCGCGACAACAAGUGCAACACAAUUGAGACUGAAUCCCACUACCUGGCUUUCCUGGAGACCCUGAAGGGAGACACUGGGGAAGCUAAGGAAUCCAAGCUGGAGUUUACGUAUCAGUUCAAGGAUGACAAGAAGAUCAAGUCAACGCCACUCCUGGAGUACAUUGCCAACAAGAGGCAGGAGAAGCGUGAGGAGAAGAAACGGAAGAUGGAGGAGAAGCGUCGGCAGCGUGAGGAGGAGAAGCAGAAGAAGAAGAACCAGGUGGCCAAAGCCAUUCCGGCGGCAAUUGCUGAGCAGGAGAAGGAGGGAGACGAUGAGAUCAUUGUGCGCACAAUUAAAUCCCGGACGAAUGAUAAGCGCGGAAGGAAGGACAAGGAGAAGGUUCAGGGAGAACUCAAAGAUGCCAAGAAGCAAGACAGAGCUCCUCUGGAUGAAAAGGCCAAGGCGGCUAAGGAGGAACGGGACAGGAAACGUGCGGAAAGGGAUCAGCAGCGGAAGCUAGAGAGGGAGCGUCGAAAUGAAGAAAGAAAGAAGGAGAAAGCCCUGGCCAAGGCACAAGCCAAACCUGCCAGUGAUGCCAAUUCGCCACCAGCUGAAGAAAUCAGACGGGAAGUGAAGAAGUACAGUGAGAGGAGGCGAGAACAGAGGCAAGAGAAGAAGACAGAAGCCCAGGCAGAUCAGAAGAAAUUGGAAGGAGAAAAAACAGAGCAAGCUUCGGGAGAGACUCAGCAGCCGAAGGAUGAUGAGAAACCGGAAAAGUCCAAUCGCCAGCUAAAAAGGGAGAAGAUGCGUGAGGAACGAGAGAAGCAGAAGGAAGAACGUCAGGCCAGGAGGAUCCGGAACAAAGAUCGUCCAUCGAUUCAGAUCUAUCAACCGGGAAGGAGUCGCUUGUCCUCCCUCUCCAAGAAGACCUCAGGAGACGAACAAGGUCCUGAGGAUUCAAAGAAAGACACGCAGCAGCCGUCCGAAAUGCCCCCAACUCCCCCUCCGGAAGCCCCAGAUGCCCCUGAAGUCCCAGAAGUCCCAAAAGAAGCCCCUGAUGAAAUAAAUGAAACCCCAAAAGAAGAAAAUGCAGGAAAUCAAUAAAACCUAAAUUCUGGUUAAUUUA